GGACUUGAAAACUAAAUUAAAACACAUUGAUUCCAUGUGUGGUGGUGUGGUUUAGGCGAAAUGACUUGAAAACUAAAUUAAAACACAUUGAUUCCAUGUGUGGUGGUGUGGCUUAGGCGAAAUGUCUAGAGCUCUUUUCUUUCCGUUAUUUAUACUCAAACUGUUAUGUGCAGUUUGUUUAUUUUCUUACGUAUCUACGUACGUUCUUACGCACAACAGUCAAAACAGUGAUGAUGCCAUACUCAGUAUUAGGAGAGAACAUUUUCAAAGUAUUAACAGUUCAGCUGAACGUUGGACUGGUAUCGAAAGUCGUGCUAAACGAUCGGCGUUCUUGAAACCAAAAUGGAUUUACUGGGUGUGGGAUAUUUAUGUUGCAAAAGACUGUCAAGAUUUGAUAGCGAGAGUAAACUCUGCAUCUUUUCCGAAGUCGUUCUUGUAUUUGUGUCCGUGGAUGAGCCAAAUGUACUGUACAGACAUCAGGACAGCUUUAAACCAGACGACUCCAGAAUGGUGCAAGUACCGCGAGGCGGCAAGAGUUAUCUACCCUCUCUGUUGCGACAGAUCCACCACUCCUGUUGAUGGUUUCUGGUCAGCGUGGAAGGAUUCAGCGACAUUUCUGGAUUGUUCAGUGACGUGCGGAGACGGGACGAUUACUUACGAUCAGACACGAAGCUGUGACAACCCGCCACCCAGCUCAGGGGGAGAGUAUUGUCGAGGGCCAUCUUACAGAAUUCAGACGAAGUCGUGUCAUCCUUCUGACUGUCCAGUUUUACCAGUUGAUGGCGGUUGGUCAGAUUGGGGUCAGUGGGAGAUAAUAGUUGACUGCAGUGUUACGUGUGGUUCCGGGGAGCGGACUUAUCAGUUAACAAGGAAGUGCAACAACCCCAGACCGAGUAAUGGCGGGAGAGACUGCGUGGGGACGGCAAAGAUAGCGGCCUAUCAGCAGUGUCUGAAACCGAGGUGCCCUCCUAUAGUACAUGGGGGAUGGUCUGGAUGGAUUACAUCGAUCCCGUUACCACCGUGUCCCGUCACGUGUGGGGUUAGUUACAUCCGUGUCACCCAGACACGACAGUGCACCAACCCUCCACCCAGCAACGGCGGCUUGUACUGCCAGGGACCCUCGAGGAGGAAUGUUUCUGCCCGGUGUAUUCUGCAGGAUUGUAGAAAUCAGCCAGUACACGGUGGAUGGUCGGCUUGGCAAGAUCCUGUUCCACUCCCAGCCUGUCCUGUGUCGUGUGGGACGGGACUUUUAAGAUAUACACGGACACGACAGUGUAACAACCCUCCACCCAGCUACGGAGGAAGAGGCUGUUCGGGAUAUCUAACACAGACCGCGUAUCAGAUCUGUACACAGCCAGAUUGCCCAGGUCCAGUUCACGGUGGAUGGUCAGCGUGGCAAGACCCUGUUCCACUCCCAGCCUGUCAAGUGACAUGUGGAACGGGAACUAUAACAUACACACGGACACGACAGUGUAACAACCCUCCACCCAGCAACGGAGGAAACAACUGUCUGGGAUCGUCAUUACAAGCUGCAUCACAGUUCUGUAACACUCAGAGCUGUCCAGUUCACGGUGGAUGGUCAGCGUGGCAAGACCCUGUUCCACUCCCAGCCUGCCCUGUGACGUGUGGAACGGGAACUAUAACAUACACACGGACACGACAGUGUAACAACCCUCCACCCAGCAACGGAGGAAACAACUGUCUGGGAUCGUCAUUACAAGCUGCAUCACAGUUCUGUACACAGCCAGAUUGUCCAGGUAAGUUAGUCCCGGAUCUUCAACUCAAACUGCAUCACAGUUCUGUACACAGCCAGAUUUCCCAGGUAAGUUAGUCUGGAAUCGUCAACACAAACUGCAUCACAGUUCUGUACACAGCCAGAUUGUCCAGGUAAAUUAGUCCGGGAUCGUCAACACAAGCUGCAUCACAGUUCUGUACACAACCAGGUUGUCCAGGUAAAUUAGUCCGGGAUCGUUAACACAAGCUGCAUCACAGUUCUGUACACAAACAGAUUGUCCAGGUAAGUUAGUCUGGGAUCGUCAACACAAACUGCAUCACAGUUCUGUACACAGCCAGACUGUACAGGUAAGUUAGUCUGGGAUCUUCAACUCAAAUUGCAUCAUAGUUCUGUACACAGCCAUUUUGUCCACGUAAGUUAUCGGAAUAAAGUCACCUAGAUUCUCGUAUCAUCUUAUUUGUUUUCUUUAUAGGUAAGCAUAGAUGCUUAGUUAAUUAAAGCAUUUUCUAGAUUCAGAAUUACGCUGUUUUACUUAUUAGACUCUACGCCAUGAUGUAAUACAAUUCCACUGUACUGUUUAAUUCAAAUAUCGAAUCUGAUAUUCCUUGUUUGAUGUGUCUCUGUUAUUGUCCGUCCCACAGAGAACGCCUUUUUUCAUACUAUGGAAUUUACUACAAGUGAUUUAUUUCUGAACCGAUUGAUUUCUAAAUUGCACACAAAAAUUGCAAACUGAAGUUAUUUAGAAAAAAACCCCACAAUUUUUAUAGAAUAAAGG